AUGGCUUCACUUGCAACUUUGGCUCAACUCCUGGAUGCUAGUCUUGAUCCUAGGCAGAACAAAGAAGCGGAGCUGAAGAUUCGCGCCGAAGAGAAAAAACCUGGGUUCGCCAUCUCCCUCCUCCAGAUCACCGCCUCGAACGAGUUCCAGUACAACACCAGACUCGCAAGCGCCCUCUUCUUCAAGAAUUUUAUCCGACGCAGUUGGACCGAUGUGGAAGGAAACUACAAACUUCCCCCACAAGAUGUGAAUGCUAUCAAGACAGAAAUCGUGGGGCUGAUGAUAUCUGUGCCUCGGGGCAUUCAGACACAGCUGGGUGAGGCCAUCAGUGUGAUAGCAGACAGUGAUUUCUGGGAGCGGUGGGACACCUUGGUGGAUGACCUGAUCUCUCGUCUGAAACCAGGAGAUCCGGUGGUCAAUGCUGGGGUGCUCCAGGUCGCCCACUCAAUCUUUGCGAGAUGGAGGCCCUUGUUUCGAUCUGAUGAGCUCUUUACCGAGAUCAAUCAUGUCCUUUCCAAGUUUGCCCAACCCUUUCUCUCUUUGUGGCAGAGCCUGGAUGCCUACAUUGAGGCUCAUAGCAAUGAUAAGGCUGCUCUGCAACAAGCUUUUGCUGAACUCGACCUUGUUCUACAACUGUUCUAUGAUCUGUCAUGCCAGGACUUGUCUCCCGUGUUCGAAGACAAUCUUCAGGGUAUUUCCGGCUUGCUGCUGAAAUACCUGAGGUAUGACAAUCCUCUCCUACACACAGAUGACGAAGCGGAGGCUGGUCCCUUGGAGAAUAUCAAGUCCAACAUCUUCGAAGCAUUGACGUUGUACAUCGGCAAGUACUAUGAUGACUUUUCAAAGUAUGUUAGAAGCUUCGUUGAAAGCUCAUGGAAUCUGUUGACCACGACCGGCGCCGAGCCUAAAAACGAUAUUCUGGUCAGCAAAGCUCUCCAAUUCUUGACGUCAAUCGGAGGCAUCAAUGAACAGGCGCAGACUUUCAAGGACCCGAAUGUUCAGCACCAGAUCAUUGAGAAGGUCAUUCUGCCGAAUGUGGCAUUGCGAGACUCCGAUGUCGAGAUGUUCGAGGACGAGCCUAUUGAAUUCAUCCGAAGAGAUCUUGAGGGAUCAGAUUCCGAGACUCGUCGAAGGGCAGCGGGCGAUUUUCUUCGUCAGCUUAGUGAUCAGUUUGAGCAGUCCGUGACCGGAAUUGCAAUGACCUAUGUUCAAAAAUGCCUCCAGGACUUCGCGGCAAAUCCUCAACAAAAUUGGAGAGUCAAGGACACGGCAGUGAGCGUAUUCUAUGCUACCGCGGCGAAAGGAGCAACAACUACGACGCACGGAGUGACCAAAACCAACAGUCUAGUGGAUAUCGGCGACUUCUUCUCAAAACAUCUGGCGAGUGAUCUGCAGGAUGACAAUGCCCAACCACUGAUCAAGGUCGAUGCCAUCAAAUAUCUCUACGUCUUUCGGAGUAUCAUUACGAAAGACCAGUGGCAGCAAGUCAUGCCCUUGCUUGUUAACCACCUCGGCAACUCGAACUAUUGCGUGUACACCUACGCGGCUGUCGCAGUUGAGAGAGUCCUGGCCAUGACCGAUGAGACAGGGCGUCCGGUUAUUGAUCCGGCUCAUAUCAAACCGUUGGCAAGUGAUCUUCUGGAGCAUCUGUUCGGCUUGGUCGAAAAAGAUCAAGCACCACAGAAAGUCCAAGAGAAUGAGUUCGUCAUGCGGUGCAUUAUGCGGGUCCUUGUUGUCCUCCGAGAUGGUAUUUCUGCAGUAGCCGACAGUGUCCUGCGACAUCUGACCACUAUUACAACGAUUAUAUCCACCAACCCAAGCAACCCCAAGUUUUACUACUACCACUUUGAGAGCUUGGGAGCACUGAUCCGAUUCACCCCCGCGGCACAGGCGGGUGCUUUGGCAUCUCAUCUGUUCAAUCCAUUCGCCGCCAUCCUUGCCAACAAUGUCGAAGAGUUCAUACCUUAUACUUUUCAGCUGAUGGGUGCCCUUUUGGAAGCCGAGCCUAGCGAACCGUUGCCGCCACAGUACACCCCACUCAUCGCGCCCAUUCUCGGUCCGACUCUUUGGGAUCAGCGAGGCAACAUACCUGCGUUGGUUCGCUUGCUGGUCGCCAUCAUUCCCCGCGCAGCGAACGAGCUGGUUAGCAGCAACCAAGUGGAGAGUGUACUGGGAAUAUAUCAGAAACUGGUGUCGACGAAAAUCUACGAAAGCUAUGGCUUCGAUCUGCUCGAAGUUUCCAUUUCCACCUUUCCACCAUCCGCCCUUGAGCAAUAUUGGGUGCAUAUUCUGAAUAUCAUGCUUACGCGACUCCAAAGCAAGCAGUCACAAGCGUUCCAGUUACGAUUUGUGAGGUUCUAUCAUUUCGUGUCAUCGCAUCAGGAGAAAGGUCUCGGAACUGAUUUCUUUGUUGCUGCCACGGAUCGCGUCCAGCACGAUGUUUUCCGCCAGCUGUACCUGAGCAUCAUUCUGCCGAAGACGCAGGAAUUGGCUCGCCCUCUCGAUCGGAAAAUGGCCGCCAUCUCUCUCACAAAAUCACUUGCCGAUUCCCAGGCUUUCGUCGAGCGCUAUCCCAAAGGUUGGCCAUUGACGUGUAAUGCGCUGCUCAAGUUGCUAGAAGAUCCCCCACUCCCACCCAAGGCGGACGACGCUAUCGCAGAUGUUGACGUUGACGACAGCAGCUUUGGCGUUGGUUUUACGCAGCUGAACACCAUCCGACCGCCACCAGUUGAUCCUUUCCCCGAGGUCACGGACCUGAGACGAUGGGUGGGACAUUAUCUCAAGGCAGCAGAUCAGCGACACGGAGGCAGAAUAGGCAGAGUGGUCAACGACUUGAGCCCGGAUUCGAAGAAGGUUUUGAAUGCAUACAUGACGCUCCAAUAG